UCGAUAGAACAACAUCAUUUCCCACUAUAUUUCACUGCAGCUUUAUAUCCCUAAAAUGCAUCCCAGCAGAGUUUUGAGCGCGGUGAUCUAUUUCACGCAAGCAUUUUUCAGUGAGCAAUCCACUCUUUAUGAGCAAGUUAGUGGGGAAAGCGCUUGCAAACUUGCCGUCAUUAAGGACGAUGAAUCUCUAUGCCCUCUUGUUCGUGGGCAGCCAGAAUUUGAUUUCCACACUUCGCAGCAUAACACCUCAUCUGGUCGACAAUCCACCACCUGUAUUUGGACAGAUAAUCAGGAAAAGCAAUACUGCGUGUUCACAGAUCCACACUUCGAUCAUGGAAAGGGGAUGGCCGUGAUUACGACCCCAGAGCGUGCCCGACACAUCUUCAAAUCCAUUGCGUCUCUAUCAGGUCAUUCUAGCUUUUUAUCCACGCCAUUGUUCAGAACAAGAGCCAGCGGAAGCAAAGGUCGAGGCAUAUUUGCAACUAAGCACAUACCUGCAGGCAGUCUCAUCACCCAAGAGCCACCAAUCAUUUUUCUGGACCGUAAUUGGAUGGUGGAUAUCUCAUCCGAAGAAGAUCGAUCAGCGGUUCUAGCAUUGGCUGUUGAGAAGUUGCCAGCAUCUACACGCCAAACGGUUCACGAGCUAUACGCGGGACCAUACGAAGAGGCCUUGAAGCAAAGAUUGUGGACAAAUGGCUAUGGUGUAUCUGGCGGGCCUACAUUGAACUGGCCAGGCUUAGAAAGUGAAUCGGAUCUUGGUAUGAUUGCAGUACAUGCAAACAUAUCUAAGAUCAAUCAUAGCUGUCGAUCAAAUGCAGCAUCUCAAUGGGAUUGGGAUAUGCUUGCUCACAGGCUGUACGCAGUCCGCGACAUUGCUGCUGAUGAGGAGAUCACAAUAUCUUAUAUCAACCCUAUACAGACCCUCCAGGCGCGGCAAGAAUAUGCCAAAUCCGUUCUUGGUUUCGUAUGCGCUUGUAGCCAAUGCAAGGCCCCAAGGAAAUUUAACGACUUAUCUGACGAUCGCAUCAACGAGAUUUUGUUGUUAGAAGAUCAUUUAGAAAAUCGGGAAAUCGCCCCAGCUGAACCAACAGCAAUGGCUGAAUUGCUAGUAAGUCUAUACAAGCAGGAAGGUCUGGACUCCUAUAUUUGCAAGGCGUAUGCAAUUGCUGCACGCGAGUGGAAUGGUGCAGGAUAUGAGUACCAAGCACGCUUAUGGGCAUAUCAAAGUUUGAAGGCUGGUCUGAUCGCUGGUUACGGAACAGGCAUGGAAGAAUAUGUGAAUGACAUGGAAGCACUGCUGGAUGGGGCUAGAAAGCAUUGGUCUUGGAGAUACCGCGUACAUUCAUAGGCAAAGCUGCGAGCUUCACAAGUGUCGUUAAGACCUGUACAACGUGAAUCACAAGCAAGUAAGACAGACAAGCGAGUAAGACAUGAGACUGCGCCGAUUGGAUAAAUUGCUCUCAAUAUACACAUCAACAGCAUUGAUCCAAUCCAAACUUC